AUGUUCUUCGUUCGUUCCCUCCUCGCAUUCGUCGCAGUCAGCGUCGCAUCCACCCUCUUCGCCUCCGCGACUCCCGUUGUCGAGAAGACUCAAGACCUCGAUGACGUCCUCACCGUCGUUGCGAAGCUCAAGGUCGCCACUGACCUCCUUCUCCCUGAGAUAGAUACCUUGGUCAACCGCAGAGUAGCCACCGAAGCGAACAUCUCCCCUCUCUUGGCCAAGCUCGCGUUUGCUCUAGAUGCCAGCACCGACAAAUUAGAGCUUCUCAGCCUUGAAGACGACGCCGAAGUCGGAGGAACCGACGAGCAAGUCGCUCGAGAGGUGGCGACCGUCUACGGAAACAUCGUAACCAGCCUCGACAACCUCAAGACUAACGCACCCGAGGUCUACUCCGCCACCGUCCCCAUGUUCGGAUUGGACAAGCUCCUUCUCAAGCUCUUGCUUACCCUCAAGACCAUCGUCGCCGACGCUCUCAAGUUGAUCGGUGAACUGUUGAAGAAGACUAUUGGAGGUCUUUUGGGACCCCUCGGUCUCAUCCUCACGCGCCUUCUUUUGGGUAUCCUCUAG